AUGAGAUCUACACAUGGUCACCAUUGCAUUAGUUGCGACUACAUUGGGAACUUGUCUUUAACAGUUUCCCUUUCUUCCCAAAUGUGCGCUCCAAAUGUUGUGAACCGUGGUGGAGGGAAUCGCAAUUUGAAGAGAGGAGGAAACGGAACGAGAAAGCCAAGUACAAGUGAGCAGCCAACCAACGUCAAAAAUAGACCAGGACUAAGACGGUUGUUGCAACACCAACCUCCAUACUGGAAACUUGCGAGGGCAAAAAAAGACAAAAUGUUGGAGAGAGUCUACCACGGAAAGAUAGAUAGGACAGCUCGGAUGGCGAAAGUAGGCGAGAAGGCGAUUGCGGACAUAUCAUAUGUCAUGAUCCCUUUGAGAUUCCAGCGAGGUAUUGAGAAUGGAGAAAGGGAGGCCCAGAUGGCUUGUACCGGAAGAGUGAGAGCGGUAGGAGGAGAAAAUCGGAAUGAGGAAGGAAGAUUUGGGCGUAAGAGAAAGUACCAGCCCGCACUUGGGUUCCAAGAGUCCCAAAUUAUCCUUGCUUCGUGGCUGACAGUGAAGUUCUCACACUGGGCUACCCGUACCGAGGGAAAGGUGUGUAGUCCCGAUGAAGUAUUAACAUAG